AUGUGUCAAUCUGUAUGUUAUUGUAUACAUCAAGUACAAUUUUCUGAAAUUCUAAUAUCAAAUGAUGGUUCAUUUGAACCUUUCUUUGAUAAAGUAAAAGAUUCUGCUAAAUCUUUUAUUAAAGCUGAUGAAGAUUGGAAGCUUGACUUGAACGAUACUUAUUCUAGUGAGACAAUUACAAGUAAUGGCCAAAAUGAUCAAAAUGGCGAAGCCAAAAAGGCAAUUCAAUUUGCAAUUCAAAAUGAUAAUGAAAAACUGAUUCAAUUUAUCAAAGAUUUUAAUAAAAAAAAAGAAGCUCAACUAAUUCAAGUAGAAUUGAUUAAGCAACAAAAAGUUUUAGUGGAUAGAAAAAUGAAUGAUCAUCAG